AUGUCUUGGCGAGAACAUUUCGAGAGCAAUGGCUACGCUGUUAUCGAGAAUCUCUACACCGUAGACGAAGUAUCAGAAAUGAAGAACGAAGUCGAUCAUCUCGUUACGGAAAUCGAUUUCGACCAACAACCAAAGAUCAGCAUCAAUUCAUUACAGCAGCCGAAGAUUGGAGGCGCCGUCACCGACCACUUUGACGCCACGUUCCUGUAUGUGGAGCCGAUCGAACUACUAACUGGGGUGUGGAUCGCCAUCGACGACGCGGACGAGGAAAACGGAUGUUUGGCGUUUAUUCCAGGCAGUCACAAAAGAUCAUUUGUUGACUACCGUUUUGUAAGGACACAUAAAACCGAUGGGAGUGCCUUGUUGAAGUUUGUCGGCAACCGUCCCACUUAUGAUCAAUCGAAGUUCGUGCACGUCCCAGCCAAAAAAGGUUCGGUGAUUUUGAUUCAUGGCUUGGUAGUGCACAAGAGCGCCACCAACACUUCAUCGAAUAGCCGUCACGCCUACACACUUCAUGUCAUGGAGGCCAAGAACACGAAAUGGAGUGAGGACAACUGGCUCCAAGAGACACCAACCUAUAGAUUUCCGACACUUUACGACAACUAA